GAUUAAAAAAUAAUAUUUUAAGAAAGUGAAGAAUGGAAUAGAGAUUAUUGUUGGAGUGUUUUUAAGAUAGCCAGUGGUUAAAGUAGAGAUUGAUACUUUUUGAGUAGCUAUUUUAACUCCAACCGCCGGAGAUGGCAAGAGGUGAUAAAGAAGGCCGAUUGGCCCGAUUCACCUCUGCGCCAUUAAAUUCUGUGCGGAGUCUGCCGACACACGUCUCCCCCAAAAUAAGCAUUGACAUCUAUCAGCUUCAGCCUCUCUCUCUCCCAAGGGUUUCUCUCAAGAAUUUGGCCUUCGAACUGAUUGGCUUCUGGAAAUUCUCAUAUGGAAGAUCCAACCUUGCACGACGACGUCGAAUCAGAGGAAAUCUACGAGCCCUUUUUCUGCUGCGUUUGCCUGGAUCUUCUGUACAAGCCCAUAGUGCUGUGCAUCCCUAUUAUCACUUUCCUACCAUCUGUCAGAUGCUUCACUUUUUGCUCUUGAAGAUGUAUCCUGUUGCCUAUAAGAGAAGGGAAAAUAAUACUCUAGAAGAGGAAAUGAAAAAAGGCGUCUUUUCACCACAGUUUAAUGCUCAAGCAUGUGUUCACUGGGGUGAUCCAGCCUCUUUCUCUACCAUGGAUUUUGAGUCAAACACAUCUUUAGUCCCUUCUUCCACCAGGAAAGGGGAGCCUCAUACAAAUCUGGAGCUUUUGUUGCCGGAUUCGCUCUUUCAAGAUUGCGGCGCAUGUACUCUAAUAGAAAUCUCUGAUGGGAAUUCUGAUGUAAUCGGGAAUGUGGCUAUCGAAGAAAAGAAUUGCAAGCCGGUUUCAGUUGCUGAUGUGCUGUGUUCGGCAUGCAAACAACUACUCUUCCGUCCUGUGGUUCUUAACUGUGGCCAUGUAUAUUGUGAAAGUUGUGUCAUCAUCCCCGCUGGUGAGAUGCUUAAAUGUCAUGUUUGUCAAACCUUGCAUCCAAAAGGAUUUCCAAAAGUUUGUCUGGUGCUUGAUCAUUUCUUGGAGGAACAAUUUCCUAAAGAAUAUGUGCUGAGAAGAGAUGCUGUUCAGCUCAAACAAGUUGAUUUCGAACUCAAGAGUAUGAGGAUCUGUUCCAGUUCCACUAAAGUUGGUAAACAAGGAGAUAAUUUACUACGGUCUGAUACUCUCCCAAACACUCAUUUUGGAGUCGGUUGUGAUUCUUGUGGGAUUCUUCCCAUAAUCGGGGAUAGAUACAAGUGCAAAGAUUGUACGGAGCAAAUUGGUUUUGACCUUUGUGGUGAUUGUUACAAUACUCAAUCCAAGCUUCCAGGGAGGUUCAAUCAGCAGCAUACCCCAGAACACAAGUUCGAGCUUGUACGGUCCAAUUUUUCUAAUAUGUUCAGGCUGGUGGCUGUAGAGUUUGAGGAAAACUCUCUUUUAAUUGAUACUGAUGCCUCGGAGGAUUCGGAAAAUGGAUCUCCUGCUCCCGCUUCACCCAGUGGUGCUCAGGAGAAUACUCAUAGCGAUUGGAUUGCUACUGAUGCCUCCACUGAUGGUGGAGAGGAUCAAACUGGUUCUCAGUCAACCACUUAAAAUUCUAGACUGAGCUGAAGCCAUGAGCAUCCUUCCUAGGGUUCUGGGAGUUGCUUCCUAUCCAGCAAAAAUACUAAAAUAGACUCCAACCAUUCAAGGCACAGUAUAAAUUGAAGCUGCUUUUGGGUAUGUGUGAGAAUACAAAGACCUGUUCUUCUCGUCGGUGUUUGGACAGAGUGUCUGCAGUCAUGUGCAUAAUGGUGUCCCAAUGUUUCCACAGGUUUUAGUAGGUGACUCAUUCAGUUAUUCAAUCUUUGGUUGAUGAUACAUUCACUUAUUGUGAUUCGUUAUUUUUAAGAGUGAAACAUAAGCUAGCUUUGUGUGCGAUGAGUGAUGAGAACAUAUUCUUUGCUCUUUUUGGCUUCAAAUGUAAUACUAAUGAGAAUACAUUCAAUAUAUCAUAUAUGCAUUUGCAUCA